CGCAGCAGUUGACCCGGAAGUUUACCUCAGUUCUUCUCCCAGCAACAAAAGUGAGCUGCUAGCUGUUAUUGUGCUGAACUCGGAGACACAUUUCUGCCAAUUUUUCCUCCUCACAUUAUCAAAAUGGCUGAAGUGGAGGAAACUCUGAAGAGGAUCCAGGGCCAGAAGGGAGUUCAGGGGAUCAUCAUUGUCAACUCAGAAGGAAUCCCCAUCAAGACGACCCUGGACAACUCCAGCACAGUGCAGUACGCAGGACUGAUCCACCAGCUGGUGAUGAAGGCCAGGAGCACCGUACGAGACAUCGACCCCCAGAACGACCUCACCUUCCUCCGUGUCCGCUCCAAGAAGAACGAGAUCAUGAUCGCUCCAGAUAAGGACUAUUUCCUGAUCGUCAUCCAGAACCCCUCAGACUGAAAGAAUGAGCUGCUGUCCUACUCAUUACUCUUCCUUUGUCUUUCAUAUUUAAACAGCCAAAACAUCUUUCUUUGUCUUGCUGAAUGAAAAGAACCAGUUUACCAGAAGCUUUUUAUGCACUUGCUGUACCAGGAAGUUAACGGCAGAAUUUGAAGGUGGAUGAAAUUGAAUCUCCCAAUGACCAGAUGCGUGAACCCUUACAACAGUCACUUACUCUGCAGGCAAAUUUCCCCAUGUUUUAGCAUUCCAGUCUGGUCUCCCCUCUAUGCAUACUGUAUGUCACUGGUGAAUUUCUUUUAAAGUAGUAAGCACAGCUAGGUAUUUUAGCACAUGGUGAGAAGUGCACACCUGCUAAAACACCUGACAGAAGUAGGAAAUGUAAAACUGGACCAGUGCAUACAUGUCUGCACAGUGUACGAGAGAGAACCCGCAACGCAUCUUUAAGUGGAUUUUUUUCUUCAGUUCUGUCUGUAUGGAUGACGAUUGUUAUUUAUUGUUUUGUUGGCAAAAUAUGUUGCAGUACAGUAUUUCACUGGUAAGCGGCGAAGCUACACUACAAACACUUCUCUGCUCUUGCCAUGUCAAAUCUGAUGGUUAUUUUUAAACGAAUUAAAGAAAUAAAAAAAUCAAAAUGGUU